AUGUUCUCCAUCCCGUGGAAACACGCGGCUCGGCACGGCUGGCAGGUGGAUAAAGAUGCCUGUCUGUUCAAGCAGUGGGCCAUUCACACAGGUAAAUACAAGGAGGGAGAGACCCAGCCCGACCCCAAGACCUGGAAAGCCAACUUCCGCUGUGCCAUGAACUCACUCCCCGACAUCGAAGAGGUGAAGGACAAGAGCAUCAACAAAGGCUGCGGCGCGGUGAGAGUCUACCGCAUGCUGGCCGCCAUCACCAAGAAGAAAGUCAAG